CAUGUUUCCAGGCUCUCUAGACCUCAUGCUCCGUGAGUUAGAAUUAGGGCGGCCGGCGAGAUCGUCGACCGUGAGAUCGUAUCGCGUAUACUUCCGAGAGCGCCAGAAAGUACACGCUUCAAGCACGUUCUUGCCUACUUACGAGGCACAACCCGUGAAAGGUGAUCAUUUCAUGUAUCAUCUCGCUUGCAUGACCUUCUAGCUCGCUUCACAGCGCCAGGAGCCAUAUCUCUCGUACAGGUGACAUCUUAUAAGAAUCCAGCAGCGCUUAUGUUUCACAACUCUCAACAAUAAGGCAAGUCACGCAGAUGAUCAACCAGAUGGACCGCAAUACUAUUACCACUUUGGUCAGCUGCCUGUUCUUGACCGCAAGAAUUGGUUAUGCAGCUACAGCCGAUCCCACACAACAGCUAGGCGGAAAUAGCCCAUGGUUUCCAGGCCCGAACAUCAACGACAUCUCCUACGACGUUCCCGAUGGCUGCUCCGUGGAUAUGGCAGCCUUUGUGUCUCGCCAUGGCUCGAGAUACCCUGAUACAGGUGCCUACAAUCAAUGGGUUGCUCUCGCUGAAAAGAUUCAAGCUGCGCAAUUUACUGCCACCGGUGACUACAGCUUCCUUCAAACAUGGAAGCCUGUACUCAGCAAUCCGGCUGUACAGAUUGCAGACAUUUCCAUAGGGGGUUACAAAGAGCUGUACGAUAUGGGUGUCUCUUAUCGCUGGAGAUACCCUGACUUCUACACUGAGAAUACUCCCUUCUCUGUAUUUGCUAACCAGUAUCCGAAUGCACCUAGAGUAAUCAACUCCGCGAGAUUAUUCGCACGAGGUUACCUCGGACCAAACACUACCUACGGAGACAUUUACGUGCUCAAAUCAACAGACCCCAAGUCUAUUGCUAACUCGUUAGCUCCCUCCGAUUCUUGCCCUCUAUACAGUGAUAACGGUGGCGGCGCAAACCUUACCACUUGGAAUGACCUGUACUUGCCUGCCGUGACUAAACGCGUCAACAGCCACAUCCAUGGCAACCUCAACUUCACCGACUCAGAUGUCUCCAUCUUCCCAUAUCUUUGCGGUUUCGAGACCCAGAUCACCGGUCGUCAAUCGCCAUGGUGCAACAUCUUCAAUGAAGACGAGCUCGAAAAAUACGAGUAUGCACAGGACUUGCGCUACUACUAUGGCUCCGGUCCUGGUUCCGGAAAGAACUACACGUUGAUGCAACCUGUGCUCAACGCCAUCGUCCAGAGGCUUGUGAAUGGUCCCAACAAGACUUAUGUGAACAGCAAUGGCGAGUCUUGGACGCCGGGUCCGCUGAUACCAAUGUUCACCAACGAUGGUCAACUUAAUCAGCUCGCUGCCGAGAUCGGUGUAUUUGAUCAGCAGAAGCCUCUACCCCGUACCAAGAUCCCCGAUGACCAGAUCUUUGUCGCAAGCCAUUAUGUGACCAUGCGUGGUACUAUUGGCUUCGAACGCCUGACUUGCUCGAACAAGAAAUUCGUCCGCAUAGUACUCAACGACGCGGUCUACCCCGUAGCUUCCUGUCAGAAUGGACCCGGAAAAUCAUGUCCUCUUGAAAGUUAUGCUGCGCUCAUCAAUCAGAAGAGCAAGUCGCAAGGCAGUUUCGUUCAGAUAUGUGGUCUCACGAACACUACUGGUGCUGGAGCCACCAACACUGCUACCUUCUUGGUCGACAAUGCUCUGUCAUGGGAGUACGUUGUUAAGCCUUGACAAGCUUGCUAUGGUUGAAGCGCCUCUUUUUGGGGAUCGGUACUACAACAGAGUCGUAAAUCCCUCAGAGAUCUACUUACACAGUUCUUGCGCAUCCUCACAUGUUCUAAAUGUUGGUUAUAAAAUGGUAGUCCAAAUCGCAUAUGCCGUGCUGAUGCGGAAAGCUUUAUGACGUGGGUGCAAUAUUUCGGCCGAAAUCUCUCCAUCGGCCGAAAGUAUACAGAAGACCAUCGGUAUAUAUUACUCUCAAAUAUUGACAUCUAAACCAC